AUGCCACCUAAACCUAAAUUGACGCCAGAUCAACAGAGAAUACGGGUUAUGGUAGUCACUUUUCCUGUUUUGGUUGCAACAAGUGUCGUCUUAUUCAAACGAAUGUUUCUUGGCGAAGAACAGAGGAAGCUACACCCGAACGAAAAAUUGCUUCCUGGCCCUAAAUGA